AAAAAAAAUAUUGUGUUCAUUCUGUAUGUCUAUAUAAUAACUGAUGUCACUAACAAAUGACGUGGAAAGAAACGUUUAGAUUUUGCAUUGGUGACGGACGGACGCUGGAUUUGUAAAUUCAUCUGUAAAAUACUGUUUUAGUGCAAAGAAAUAUUAGAAAAUGCCAGACCACUUAGGAGAUGAUAUGAGAAAAGUUAAAGAUGACAAGGAGGAGCCGGAAAAAGAGAUAAAAUCUCUUGACGAGGGCGACAUAGCCCUUUUGAAGUCAUACGGCCAGGGGCAGUAUACAAAAAUCAUCAAAGAGGUGGAGGAAGGUAUCCAGACAGUGAUGAAGAAGGUGAACGAACUUACGGGUAUCAAGGAAUCAGACACAGGGUUGGCACCACCAGCUCUUUGGGAUCUUGCUGCCGACAAACAAACAUUACAAAAUGAACAGCCCUUGCAGGUGGCUAGAUGCACAAAAAUCAUCAAUGCGGACUCAAAUGACCCCAAGUACAUAAUCAAUGUGAAGCAGUUUGCCAAGUUUGUGGUAGACCUCGCUGAUUCUGUUGCCCCCACUGAUAUUGAAGAAGGAAUGAGAGUUGGAGUGGACCGUAACAAGUAUCAGAUCCACAUACCUCUGCCACCAAAGAUCGAUCCAACAGUGACGAUGAUGCAGGUGGAAGAGAAGCCAGACGUAACAUACAGCGAUGUUGGUGGAUGUAAGGAACAGAUAGAGAAGCUGAGGGAAGUAGUGGAGACUCCCCUGUUGCAUCCUGAGAAAUUCGUGAAGCUAGGUAUUGAGCCGCCUAAAGGCGUGUUGCUGUUUGGUCCGCCAGGUACUGGUAAGACGUUAUGCGCGAGGGCCGUCGCCAACCGCACUGACGCUUGCUUCAUUAGAGUUAUUGGUUCGGAGUUGGUUCAAAAAUACGUAGGCGAGGGUGCCCGUAUGGUGCGCGAACUGUUCGAAAUGGCGCGUAGUAAGAAAGCCUGUCUCAUAUUCUUCGAUGAAAUCGACGCUAUUGGUGGUGCUCGUUUCGACGACGGCGCCGGCGGUGACAAUGAAGUGCAAAGAACCAUGUUGGAGUUGAUUAACCAGCUCGACGGCUUCGACCCAAGAGGAAAUAUUAAGGUUCUCAUGGCGACCAACCGGCCGGAUACGCUAGACCCGGCGCUGAUGCGUCCCGGCCGCUUGGACCGUAAGGUUGAGUUUGGCUUGCCCGACCUGGAGGGCCGCGCGCACAUCUUCCGCAUCCACGCGCGCUCCAUGAGCGUCGAGAGAGACAUACGUUUCGAUCUGCUGGCGCGGCUGUGCCCAAACUCUACUGGCGCUGAGAUCAGGUCUGUAUGCACAGAGGCUGGCAUGUUCGCCAUCCGUGCCCGCCGUAAGGUGGCCACGGAGAAAGACUUCCUCGAAGCCGUCAACAAAGUCAUCAAGUCGUACGCCAAGUUCUCCGCCACUCCACGCUACAUGACCUACAAUUAAACCUCUUUGGUCGUUAUUAUUUAAAUAAAGAACAUCAGUAACAGUCAGUGUUGAAUGUUAAGUUCGAUUUUUAAAUUGUGGAUGUAUUAUAAGAUUUCGUAAUAAAUAUCUAUAUUUAAAA